GGUGUCAUUAGAGUGAUGGGAAAUUAUGGAUUAUCAGAAAAAAGGGAUUUACUAAUGAAAUGAUUGAUAAUGUUAGUGUGGGACCACAGGUGACACUAGGAGCUUCAGAUUGCAUACAUUUAGGCGUUUAUUCAUCCGCUAAUGAAAUCAGCUUCAAAUAACCAAACCAAUUUAACAGGUAGCCUUCAAGCUACUUUUAUUAGAAUUUACUGCUGCUGAAUUGACAAUGCGUCUCCAACCAAACCUCUCGUUCCCGCAAACAGUUUUAGCACAAUUAAUCAUAUCCGAUCCGGUCGACCGGAGCGUGAGCGCAAUGAUUGAAAUCCUGAGUAUGUUGUGUCCUAAGGAAUCACUCACUUCCGUCACCUUCUAAUGGCGCUAAUUACACGCCAGGCCUGUGUGUAUGCUUUCUUCCAACCCAACUGCUGAGGUGACACGUCUCAAGCUCACCAGUGUCGUCUCCCGGUAUAUCUCGGAAAUGGGGUUUUGGGACGCAUCGGCGUAGAAGAAUUCUGGUCAUGGUUUAUUUUUAGCGAACACGAUCGUCCCAACUGCAGCUAUGCGUACCGUUCGUGGUGUUCGUUCACAGACCUUGGACGCGAUACGGGCGAUGCGAAUCCGUUGAGUGCUUGCUUACCGGUGAAGUGAAGUUGCUAUCGAUAGCACCAUUAUGCAUAUGGUGCUCAGUACCUUCAAACACGAUCGAAACAAUUGGUCGUAAUCGGGCACCGAAUACAGUAUAAGAAAACAAAUUAUUUAGCAUUACACCCAUCCCAUCUGCUUCUGGACGCGGUCAGCCGGAACGAUGCUACUUCCGUUUGCUGGAUUGUGCUUGGAAACCUCUUCAUAGACAUGGCUACUUUUGGUGAAGUUAUAGGUUUUCAGUUAACUUAGUUUUUGUAAGCAAUAUCUCUCAUUACAUUUUCUACUCUCCACACAAGGGUUAAGAUCAGAUCGUCCACCUCGGAACACUUGUUCGUGCCGCGCCUGAUUUGCUCGUGCGCGGUCAGCAAUAAAAAUGUAUAUGUGCUCCCAACUCCGGCAACCGAUCCUCCCGGUGUUUCGCGAGUAUGCGUAUAAGCAUGGCUCGGUGAAGUCAUCCGCGUCGAUGUUGUUUUCAUUUCGCCGUAGUGCGAGUCUCGCGAUAUCAUUCGCCACACAGGGCCACACUGCCAACCAUAAUACGGGUCGUGAAGCGCACCAACACCGUUGCGCACGUUCAUCGGACAGUGUGAGUCGCGGGUAGUUUGCUGCCAGCAACGAUUCCGUUCAACGAUCGUUCGUAGACCGGUUGUAGAGCUUCAUCAGUUCUUAGCGUGCGUACGACCAGUCUGUGUCCGAAUUUUUCAUCAUUUUCGUCGAGGUUAUCGCCAGUAACAGUUGGCGUACCAAAAUCCGGGAACGGUCGUAAAUUUUGGUACGUCGUCGUUGAUAUUCGUCGCGAAAGACUGACUGUUUUCUGAGGGUUAAUAGCAACCGGAAUCGGUGGGAGUGGGUGAAACUGGAUUUUGGAGCUUUUUUGUGUUGAGAGGCAAAAAAAGAUUUGGUUGUUGUUGAUCGGUUGUGUUUAUCGUGUGUGUGUGUUUUUUUAUUUGGUCCAGAAUUGUAGAACGAAAAUAAACAUUGUGCACGUCGGAUGACGUUUGGGUGUGAAGUGUAAAAAGUAGAACGCGAUCGGAUAUUUUUGAGUGCAAUAUUUGGGACAGAUCUUGGAGUGGAGUAAGAAGGCUGGAGGCGAGAGACUGUGACGAGUGGCCAGAGCAGCAUAAAAAUGAGUGACUCACCGUCAGCCGACCAACAUCCAUCAUCGGAUCCACCUUCCAGCAGUGAGGUUGACAGUUUGCUGCAGCCAGCGGACGAAGCGGACAGCAUGGCCGGAGCAAGCAAAGAACUAAACCCGGACAAGGAAUCGGCACCGCCCAACUCAUCCGAGCUGGCCCAAACGAAGAACGAUAGCAUCAUGUCGCUGCUGUACUCGUUCGCGAAGAAGGUGGUAACGGUCGGCAUUAUCUACUUCGUCGGCUACAUGGGCUGGUCGGUGGCGUGGCUCAUCACGCCCGUGAUCCUCUCGGUGGCGCGUGAAUCCUGGCGCAAAACGAACGAUACGCGGCGCAGCGUGGCGAAGGCAUCGGCACUCGCGAACGAUAAGGACGUCAUCCUGGCCCGGCUACACGAUCUGCCGGCAUGGGUGUUCUUUCCGGACGUAGAGCGCUGCGAAUGGCUCAACAGGAUCCUGAAGCAAGUGUGGCCAAAUGCAAACUUUUACGCGAAAAAUCUCAUCAAGGAAUCGAUCGAACCGAACAUCCAACAGGCGAUGGCCGCCUACAAGCUGAAUGGGUUCAAGUUCGACCGUAUGAUCCUGGGAACGAUUCCUCCAAGGAUCGGUGGCGUUAAGGUGUACGAUAAGAAUGUAUCGCGCAACGAAAUCAUCAUGGAUCUGGAUCUGGUCUACGCCGGCGAUUGUGAUAUCAGCUUCGCGCUGAGCGGGCUGCGGGGUGGCAUCAAGGACUUCCAGAUACAAGGCACGGUGCGCGUCAUCAUGAAGCCACUCAUCUCCCAGAUGCCGCUCAUCGGUGGGCUGCAGAUAUUCUUCCUCAACAAUCCGAACAUCGACUUCAACCUGGUCGGGGUGGUCGAUCUGCUCGACAUGCCGGGGUUGAGUGACAUUUUGCGUAAGAUUAUCGUGGAGCAGGUGGCCGCCAUCAUGGUGCUGCCGAACAAGCUGCCCAUCGUGCUGAGUGACGGUGUGCCGGCGCUGUCGCUAAAGAUGCCCGAACCCGAGGGCGUACUAAGGAUCCACGUCGUUGAGGCUAAGGACCUCAUGAAAAAGGACAUCAGCAUGCUUGGCAAGGGUAAAUCGGACCCGUACGCCAUCAUUUCCGUCGGCGCACAGCAGUUCCGCACGCAAACCAUCGACAACACGAUCAACCCGAAGUGGGAUUACUGGUGCGAGGCCUGUGUUGACGUUACGCAUCAAACGUUGAUUGGCAUAAAGUUGUUCGACUGGGAUCGAACCGGUGACCACGACCCACUAGGAAGAGCUACUGUGGAAAUCAGCAGCGUUACCAAGAACGGUGAAAUCGAUACGUGGCUGACAUUGGAACAGGCCAAGCAUGGACUGGUGCAUCUACGCAUGACAUGGUUCAAACUGAGCUCGGACAAGGCUGAUCUGAAGCAAGCACUGGAAGAGACGCAACACCUGCGCGUAACCUCCAUGAGCACUGCUCUGCUAACCGUAUUCAUCGAUUCGGCUAAGAACCUCCCACAAGCACGUCAACAAUCACAGCCCGACCCAUACCUCGUCCUGUCGGUGGGUAAAAAGAACGAGCAAACCUCGGUACAGAUGCGCACGGAUGCGCCCGUUUGGGAGCAAGGUUUCACCUUCCUGGUGGGCAACCCGGACAACGAUACGCUCCAGCUGAAGGUGAUCGAUCAGAAGACGGGCAACACGAUCGGGCAGCUGACGUACAUCCUGAGCGCGCUGAUGGAGAAGAAAAAUCUCGAGAUCAUGUCACAACCGUUCCAGCUGCAAAAGUCGGGACCGGAAUCGAAGAUCCUCAUGUCACUGUCGUUGCGCGUACUGAAGCGCUACCGAGAGCAGGAGGCUGUGGCCACAACGCCCGACAAAGCACCGUCACCCGAAGCGGACAGUGUACUUUCACGCACCAGCUCCAUCCGUACGUCCAAUUCGCACGGUUCGCAAUCCGCUAGCGGUGCUUUGCAACAGCAACAAUCGGUUGCAGAUUCGAAUGCAGCGGAAGCGGCGGCCCUCUCCCACCAGGGCAGCGUCCGGAAGCAGGACUCACGCAAAUCUACCACUUCGGCCAUUAUGGAACAGAUGUCGAUCCAGGAGGAACCGUUCGUCGUGUCGACGUUGAACACGGUCAUGAUGGCGACGCCACCACGCAGUCCGAAUCUCAGCGACGGUGGUACGGAACUGUUGCGGCGCAGUCCGAGCACCACCUCGUCAGCCGGAUCGGCCGGUCUGGGACGCAUCCAGCUGACGGUGGCCUACAGUGUGCAGCGCCAGCGGUUGCUCAUCAUCGUGCACAAGAUUAACAAUAUUCCGCUGAAAGAUCCUAACAACAUUCCGGAUCCGUACGUGAAGCUGUAUCUGUUGCCGGGCCGGUCGAAGGAAUCCAAGCGCAAGACGAAUGUGGUGAAGGAUAAUUGUGAUCCCGUGUUUGACACCACGUUCGAGUACAUCAUCUCCAAUGCGGAGCUGGUGAACUCGGAGCUCGAGGUGACGGUGUGUACGCAGAAAGGAUUCUUUGGCAGUCCCGUCAUUGGAAUGCAAAAACUCACCCUCAACGAUCCGGACAUUGCGAGCGGACAGGGCAUCAAGGCUUGGUACGAUCUGCUGCCGGAAUCAAAGUUCGAGUAAAGAUCCUGCCACAUUGAUGGAGCACAUCGCCGCGCCCCGAGCUAUUAUCUGCAUUGGUGCAUUAAGUUGGAGGUGCAUUUUAUUGUGAUGCCUGCCUAGCGGAACUAUUGUAAGGGCAGCAUAGCGCGUAGUUGAGCAUUUUGAAUCGAGCACACGAAUCAACCGAUGGCUGCUAGGGGGUAACGAUAUUUUUGUGUUGCAGUGAAACAAUGAAUCAAAGUAAUUUGGCAGUGAAGCUGGACGAAGCUGAAGAAGCUGUUUGUGUUUUAAUUUGUCUGUUUGUUUAAUGUUUUAUAUAGAGAUAGAGUUUAAGGUGGAAGUCCAGCUCGCACAGACUUUUAUAUUGGAGCACAGAAAUGGAAAAGAAAAACGAACAAGUAUAAUGCUAUAAGCGAUCGUUUAACGUGUUGGGUGUUUUAUCGAUAAGGCAAAGCUAACAAUCAGCAUACGCUCCGUAGCUUAUGAUUGCGCAGAUGUAGUAGGAACAUGAAAAUACAGCAUACCUAUAAACGGAUUAUAUUUUGCAAACCGAUCUUAAUGGCAGUGAAAACGUCCUGGUGGAGCUCGUGACUAAGGGGCGUUUGAAAAACUCUAGCACGCGGCUUAUUGUUUGAACUUCUUCGGUGCAGUAUCACCCACUGAAUCAGGCAUUUCCAUGUAAAAAACAAAUCAAUUCCCUAGCUAGAAGUAGACAUGCUUUUAGUCGAAGCUAUAGCUUAAAGCCCUUCAAACGGAUUUCCCAUCAUUCUGCCCAUAUCGCAGGGCAGAGAUCCGAAACCGAACGAAAGUUGUCUCCAAAAUGUGUCAAUUAUCAGCGCUCACUGCUUCGGCACGGGGUAGUGAUGCGAGGUUCGUAGAGGAACUCUAUUUAUCCAAGCGGCAAGCGGCACAAGCCUGUUGUGCUGUUGCUAAUGCGGUGAUGCGGUGUUGGAUCACCUGGCAAUCCGGGCCAAAGUGCCGCAAGAGACCGCGAGGGUUGAGUGAUUGUUUGCUGUCAUCGUUAGGCUGCAAAAAAAACCCGCGAUGUCCACGGUGUGUAAAUAUUACUUUGUCACGAUACACAACACACCUUAGUAUAAGUAAUAUGAUGCACAUGCACAUGUACCGCUAGAACAGAUACGUCCAUUCGUUGUACUUUUGAUCCGACGGCAUCGUCGGGCUUGACGCAAGGAAGAUGAAACAGAAACAAUCCAAACAAAUAUACACAGACAUGGUAAAGCAAACAUCUAAAUCAAUAUAAAACAAACACUUUACACAGAGCUUAUAGAUUUGUAGCGAGAGCUUGAGCUUACUCUGUAGAGCCUGCGCACACAGUACUAUCAAUCCACAUGCCUUGGGGGGGUCUGCACAGGAGAUGAGAUAGAUCCGGCAAAGUCCAUUUUUCAUCAGCUUUUACACAUAAAAUCCGAUUCGCGUAGUAACAUUACAAAACGAGUGAGAAAGCAAGCCUUUUUCUACAUAAGAGUUCUCCCUUGAAAAAAAAAAGAGGAAAAACUGCACCUAUGACUUACAAUCGGCGCACGUUGCUUGUGAUUAUUCAGUAAAAAAUUCAAAUUUUUAGAAAACAAAAUUCAUUUUAAAGAUGAAAAACCUGAAAAGUUUGAAUGGCUCCGACACGUGGUCCGUUGAAGUACUAAGCUGUUUAGCCGCUUUCUAGAAGAGAUAAUAAAGCCCUUCAUUUAGUGUAAAUCUCGCUUCAUCGCAUGCUGAAGAAACAUCAUGAUUGAUAGAAUAAUAAACCUUAAGUUUAACAGUUUA